GGACGUUAUUUGUAUAGAGAAGAAGUUGUUUACAAGUGGAAUGUAGCUAUGAAUGAUUGUGCCAUUUUUACCUACACUAACAAGGACUUUAUAAAUGAUGUUUGUUCCGGAAAUCCGAACCGGUCCAGAUUUGACAUCGCGCUGCGGUCCGGAUGGACUGAGAGGAAGAACACCGGGUUGUUUCGGUACCAUCUGGACGAUCUGGAGACGCGGAUCCUCCCUGGGCCCUGUGGAUACAUCGCUCAGCUGAACAUCAUGAGAGGCAUCGAGAGACGAAAACCUCAGGAGAUCCUGAGCGUCCGGCAGAACUUUGACCCAAAGCAGUUCAAUUUCAACAAAAUCAACCUCGAAGAGCUGCUCUUUGAAUUACAGUGUGAAGAGGGGUGCCAUCAAAAUGGUUCAAAACGGAAGUGCAAAGUGAUAAUAAACGUGAGUCCGCUGGAAUUCGGUCACUGUCUGCUCGUACCUGAACCGGACCGGUGUCACCCACAGGUACUGACCCCUCUGGCGGUCCAGGUGGGGAUAGAAACGGUUCUGCUGAGCGCUGAUCCAGGAUUCAGGGUUGGCUUCAACAGCCUGGGUGGGUUUGCCUCAGUUAACCAUCUCCAUCUCCAUGGCUACUACCUAAAGCACCAACUGAGGAUUGAGAGCUCCCCAGCAGAACUGAUCCUGCCUAAAAAACACUUGUAUGGGCUCCUGGACUUCCCAGCAGGCUUUCUGUUCUACACCCAGGGUCCAAACCUGGAUUUGACAGUCAAUGCGGUGUGCAAUCUCACUGAUAUUUUGGUUGACGGGAACAUCGCACACAACCUCUUCAUCACCCGAGGUUGUCCUCCACAGAGGGAGCGUGAACAGUCUUCAUCACGAAUCGGGGUGAGGGUUAUCGUAUGGCCCCGAUUGUCUUGUUUUGGGGCCAAAGAAGAGUCUGCCUUCAAUGUGGCCCUGUGUGAGCUCGCCGGUCACCUUCCCUUCAAAAACAGAGAAGACUAUUACACAGCCACUGAGGACGGAGUACAAGACAUCAUCCGGAAAUAUUUGCUGCCACAAGAAGAAUUCAGGGAAUUGCAAAAGCGUGUCAUGAAAUGUUUAUUGUAGAUGGCACUUUUAUUUUAAGCACACAUCAAAUUACCCUGUAUCUAAAUGAGAAUUUCUGGG